CAUACAUUAGGGUUUCCCUUUGCACGCAACAGCCAUGAAAUAAACGAAAAAAUCAGAGUCCUCCGUGCGGUGCAGUCUUCCAGCCAAUUCACCAACUGGAGUAUUUGUGCACCACCAUGCAAGCGGCGGGCACCGCGGCAGCUGAUGCCGAUGCUACUGUAAACAGUGGCAGCAGCAGCAGCGCCGCAGACAUAAGCGACAGAGACGGGGCAGGGGAGAGGAUGGAGAGGACGGUGCCAAGCGAACAGCAGCAGGACAGGACCAACAACCAGCAGCAGCAUCAACAGACGUCCUCAACCCCGUCUGGAGUGCUGGAUAAACUGUUUGGGAAGCGACUUCUGCAAGCCAGGCACUUUAUUAUGUCACGGAAGUCCUGGUUAAAGAUGGUUCCCACAGAGAACUGUGAUAUACUGAUGACAUUCCCAGAUACAAUAGAUGACCACACUCUGCUGUGGCUCCUGAAUCAGAUUCGGGUUGGAAUCCCACAAGUCAGCAUCCAGGUUCGACAGCAUAAACACACCCAGGCAAACGCCUUCUUCAUCACAACAACGUUCGAGAACUUACUGCGAGGAGCGGAGCAGAUGGGCAUGCACAAGAACGUUAAACCACAGUUUGGUGGUGGCAUGCGGCGCUUUUCCUGUGAGGAGGACAACAUCUAUGAGAACAUUGAGAGCGAGCUCUGCUUUUUUACCUCUCAGGAGCGUCAGAGCAUCAUUAAGUACUGGCUUGAUAACCUGCGAGCCAAGCAGGGGGAGGUCCUUCACAACAUUCACUUCCUGGAGGGACAGCCAAUCAUUCCAGAGCUGAUAGCUCGGGGGGUGAUCCAGCAAAUGUUUCCUCUUCAUGAGCAGAGGAUACUGAAUCAGCUGAUGACAUCUUGGGUCCAGGCUGUAUGUGAGAGGCAGCCCCUUGAUGACAUCUGUGACUACUUUGGAGUGAAGAUUGCUAUGUAUUUUGCUUGGCUGGGUUUCUACACCAACUCCAUGCUUUAUCCUGCUGUCAUUGGCUUUCUCCUCUGGAUACUAGCAGAGGCUGACCAGACCAGUCAGGAUAUCUGCUGUGUGGUUUUUGCCCUCUUCAACGUUGUGUGGGCGACUUUGUUUCUGGAGCGCUGGAAGAGGCGAGAGGCAGAGCUGGCUUACAGGUGGGGCACUCUGGAUACCCCCACCGAGUCCUUAGAGGAGCCCAGACCUCAGUUCAGGGGAGUGAAGCGUUGCAGUCCUAUAACUGGCUGUGAGGAGUUCUACUAUCCGCCCUGGAAGAGAGCUCUGUUCAGAUGGCUGGUCAGCCUGCCCAUCUGCCUCCUCUGUCUCUGCUUCGUCUUCCUCGCCAUGCUCCUCUGCCUGGAACUGCAGGAAGUGGUGAUGGAGAUUCAGGAGCUGCCUAGUAUUACAAGAUUCAUUCCGAAGAUACUUCUGGCCAUGACAGUAACUGUAUGUGAUGAAGUGUAUAAGAAGAUCGCCUACUGGCUCAAUGACAUGGAAAACUACAGACUCCAGAGUGCCUAUGAGAAUAAUCUCAUCAUCAAGAUGGUUUUUUUUGAAUUCAUCAAUUCUUACCUUAGCCUUUUCUACAUUGGAUUCUACCUCAAGGACAUGGAGCGACUGAAGGAGAUGCUAGCUACUCUACUGAUUUUCCGCCAGUUCCUACAGAACAUCAAAGAGGUCCUUCAGCCUUACCUGUAUGAGCAAAACAAGCUCGGUGUAUUCACCCCAAAGGUGCUGUGGGAGCUUCUCCAAGCCAUCGUGCUAAAAUAUGGCCGCCUGGCUCUGGGAAAGGCUCAAGCUUCAAUGACAUCCUAUUCCUUUCUGAGUCCCAGAGGAAUUCCUGUCAGUCACAGUGCAAACGGUAACCCAGAGCCAAAGAGAAGAGGGGAUCUGAAAGCAGGAUUCAGGCUGACAGAGGAAGAGUGGGACAUGACCGACAGUGCCAUGAAGCAACGUAAAGUCAGCUUCACCGAGAAGGUCGACUACCAGGAUGUCACAACGGACACGCAGGCAGCGGAUGACAGCUCCCUAGAGGACAGUCCCACGCUGGUGGAGGAGGGCAUGGAUCCUUCCAGUAUUUUUGAUAGCUGCGAUGAGGACAGUGAUUAUGAAGUGCUGCCUCAACAGGACACCAAAGAGAAUACCACCAUGCCCUCUGUCUGUCAGAGAAGAAGGAAUGUGGGGGAGGGCAAUGAUGACAAGAAAUCAUGGAUCGAUCCACCGGAAGAGCCAAAAGCUGUCACUCUGACCCAGGCCGAGAUUGAGAGUUGUAUGCAGACAUACGAGGACACACUUCAGGACUACCAGGAGAUGUUCAUUCAGUUUGGUUACGUGGUGCUUUUCUCUUCUGCGUUUCCGCUGGCGGCCAUGUGCGCCCUUAUCAACAACAUCAUCGAAAUACGCAGCGAUGCCCUGAAGCUCUGUACCGGUCUGCAGAGACCGUUUGGGCAGAGGGUGGAGAACAUAGGACAAUGGCAGACUGCGAUGGAGGCCAUGGGCUUGAUAGCCAUUAUAGUUAACUGCUACCUGAUUGGUCAGUGCGGGCAGCUUCAGCGUCUGUUCCCCUGGCUUAGUCCUGAAAUGACCAUCAUCUCCAUCGUCUUGUUGGAGCACUUUGCAAUCCUCCUAAAGUACAUCAUCCAUGUUGCCAUCCCUGAUAUCCCUGGCUGGGUUGCAGAAGAGAUGGCCAAACUAGAGUACCGACGAAGGGAAGCUUUCAAGAAGCAUGAGCUGCAGGCCCAACAACACUUCCAGCAGCAGCUCAGGCGCAGGCGUGAAGAAGAAGAGCUUCAGCGUCAUGCUGAGCUGCAGGCAGAAGCCCGUCAGGAGAGCGACUGCCAUAAGGCAGACACCCAGCACCAGCAUCACCAUGACAAAACACAAGGAAGUAAGCCAGGGGACAAGCCCAAGAGACCAAGCUCUCUGCUGGGAAACAACAAUGUGAUGAAGCUUAAGCAGAUCAUUCCUCUCCAGGGGAAGUUCUCCUCCGGCACAUCACGGUCCCCGGCUCAGUCCCCAACGGGAGGCGAAGCAAAGCUUCCAGGAUUUCUGAAGUUCUUGAAGUCACCUGAGGUGAAAAAAGAGCCAGCAGUGGCAGUUGGAGCCACGCAGGGGUCAACAGUGACCUCUUCAGUUCCCCCUAGUGGCCAGGAGAGGUCACAAUCCCCCAACCGGACAUUCAGUCCUGGGAAGCUGUUCAGCUUCAGCAAGUCAGAGGGUACUGUGGUGUGCGCAAAUGGGACACAGCUGACCACCCAGGCUGCUAACACUCAACCCAAUAGGGUUGAGUUAAACACAUCCUCAGAGGAAUUACCCUCGAAUGAGUCAGAUAAAGGUGAAUCGAAACAACUGACUGAUUUAGAAAGCUCCAACUCAAAGACUCAAUAAAUGAUCAACCAAACCAGUGUAUUAUUAUAAAGUGGAGAGCAGCAUACAAGUGACAUUGAUGCACCUGCACUGUAGGAGAACAUUAGUCAUGACGACCACAUGUAAAGUCAGCGAGGAUUAGACUUUCACACUUCAUGCAACUUACUUCUCACAAAACGUUAAACUGUAUCUAUUAACACUCAACUAUCUAACUUCCAUGUAAAAAAUGUACAGUAAUCAUAACUCCUUGAGUGGAGCUUGAGUAACCUUUAAUUAAGGUUCAAUUACUGCAUGAGCGGUUUUCAACAGCACCAGAACACACUGUAUUGAUGUGAAGGAUCGUUUCCCCCCCCCCUCAAUUUCCAGGACUUUAUCACCAAUGAGCCCUUUUGUCAGAGGUCAUGAGCAGCAACUUCCCAUUCUGCAUUUAUUUCUCCUUCAUUUUGAUGCCUGUAUAAAAUGCAUGUUGCAUUAUGUGCAUGCAUUACUUCUCCAUCGUGUCUUUUUAGUUGUGAAGCACUUUCAAAGCCAUUGUAUUCCUCCGCAAUAGGUCAGAUUUAUUCACUGUGACCAUAAAAAAUAUUCUAUUUUUCUUAACUUUGAUUUUCUAUGAAUUAUUUUACUACAUAAAUUAGCGAAUGUACUUCCUUGAUGCAAAUAAAUCUCACUUUAAUAAACGCCCAUCGAGAAAUAAAACACUCACUGUAUGACUGACCGCACUGCUGGAUCGAUUUCUUUGCUGGAUGUAGGGCUUGAAUUAAAACGCUCAUAUACAUUCAGAGGCCAGUUUAUUAGGUAUACCUGUUCAGCCAUGCAGACAUAGUCCAGAGUUCAAAGUUCAAACUAAGCAUCAGAAUGGGAAAGGAAGGAACACAUGGAUGUUGGUGCUAGAGAGGUUGGUCUGAGUAUUUUGGAAACUGAGCUGAUAGGUAGACAACAGUAACUCAAAUUAUCAGGAUCUCUGAAUGCACAACAUAUCAAACCUUGAAGCAGAUGGGCUUCACAGCAGAAGACCAAAGCGGGUGUGAUUGUUGUCAAGAAAAGAACAGGAAAGUGAGGCUACAAUUUGCAAAGUUUAACCAAAACUGGACAAUAGAAUAUUUGAGCAAUUUCCCAUUUGCAAUAAUUGUGUGAUCCUAUCAUGUCAAUAUGGACGAAAAUCUCUGAAAAAUGCUUCCAGCCCCUUGUUGGAUCUAUGCUGUGGAGAAUUCAGGCAUUUCUGAGGGUACAAGUGGGUCCAACCAAUUAUUAAAAGAACUGUACUUAAUUAAGUGGUCAUUGGUGUAUUCUCUUAUAUAAACAUGGUAUUAAAAGGUAUAGCUUUCAGGUGCCGAGCUAUAAAAAAAAUAAACAAUGUUUAAAGUGUUGUAUAUUACCUGCAUAUUUGCACAUGCAAUCAGAAAGAAGGAUCUUUCUUCAGUUUCACCCCAAGACUGGCUGCUGAUUACAGAGUUAUCAUCUUUACUGCAUGUCACAGAGCAAUCUAUACAAGAACAUCCAAAACUGACAAUACAACUAUACAAUCAACUCAAAGCAAAACAACAAACUUAAUCAAGUGAUGGAAUACAAACCAUAAGACAUCAGAAGAAAUGGGUGACUCUUUUAUAUGAAGCUAAAGAAAAUACACUGCCUCUUUCAGGUUUAAAGUAGUACAUGUGAAAUCUACGUGUACUCUCGUUCCACUGACCUGCACAAGCAAGAAAGUGAACAUUCAUGAGUCAGCCACACUGAUAAAACCUCUGAAAGAUGAAAAACACAACAUCUUCUGCAACGUCCUGCUGGAAACCUUGCGCAUUCGUCUGGAUGUUACUAUCACCCACUUUCUCUUAAAUAAAGUGGGCGUUUAAACAAAGUACAUAAGUGGAUUAAGGACAGCACUUGCUUCUGGCCAAACAUCAAACUGCCCAGGAACAGCUCAAGCAACACAAAGAGCCCAAAGCACUGACCCAUCCCUUAAAUUCCACACACUCAAAGCUGUUGCACGAGGGGAGAUCGACAUGACAUAAGGUCAGUUUUAAUUUUGUGGCUGGCUCGUGUACACUGUAGCAGGUUAAACUUUUCAAAAGUAUUUCUUUCAUAAGGUGCAAAAACUCAACAAAUUAGUUAAAUGCUUUUGUUUCAUUUACACAAACUCCCUACAGCAUAAAAGUUGUCUUAACAAUGUGAGGAUAACUACAGCUAGCUUGGGAAAGAAAAUUGGAGUGAGUCUUGUUACCUGAUAAAAAGGUGAGGGCAAUCACAAUACACAUACUGUACAAAUAUACAAGAUUUGCAGAGCCUUGGGAGCAGCUUCACUCUUUGCAAUGUAUGUACUGAACCUUGUUGAUCCAAAAAUAUUUCCUCAACAUGGCUCAAAUGACUGACGUGUUUAAGCACACGAGAACAGCACAUUUACAGCUAGGAUGCUCAGUAGUCCCCCCAAAACAACAGUAUGGCUAAAGUGUAAAUUUACACAUAUUAUUCAGUAAAAUACUGUGCUGAUGGCGCCAUUACAAAGAUCCAACUGCUGAAGUAUUAAGAAGCUGAGAUUUUAGCUACAAAAUAUGUACAAGUAAAAAUUGCAUCCUCUAGUAUAAAUAUUGGCUUGGAUGUUUUCUUACACCAAAGUCCAUCCAACUCUGCAGUGCUUAAUCUUCCUGAAACACAAUGUAAACCAAGGGGCACCCUAAGACGCAAGUGGAAACACACUCACUUCCACAUAAGGCAAUAAGUCAUUAUAGUUAUUAUUCAUCGGGAGAAAACAAACAUUUCUCGAUCACUCGUCUUGUUUCUGCAACGCAGCUCACAAAAACAAACCCUGAAUCUAACGUUAAACCUAAACCACUAUUAAAAUAAUUAUUUCCACUUAUUGUAAUGGCAGUAAUCUUUAAAAAGAUUACCUAAAAUGACAUAUGAACAAUUUCUGUCGUUACUUAAUUCAAAAAUUUAAGUUCCUGAUUGAAAAAUAUCCACAAGGUCAUCUCACAGCACAUGCACAUUUCAGAUAUGUGUGAAUUACUGCAACUGUAAACCUUUAAAGGGUCAGGCCAAAAGCUUCUUCUUUUUUUUUUUAAAUCCCUGGCAUCUUUAAAGAAAAACUACAUGGGUGUAAGUGGAAUAAAACCACAGGGACUGGGCAAUAAGGAGGUAGAUGUUUGAUCAUUUUAAGACUACUAUGA